CCUCCCUCCCCCUCCCCGCCAUAUUUCAACGUCGCUCCCCUUCCUCACCCCUCACCCCUCCUUCCUUCCUCUUUCUCUUUCUUCCUUCUUUAUUCUUCAUCUUCUUCCAUCAGCAUCUGUCUUCUGCAUCACAAACCACUCAAAGCAUACUUUUUUAUUGGCAUUUUGAUUAGUAUUCGUUCUCUUUCUGUGCGACACGGCAUUGAUAUUUUGAAUAUGACUUCUCCAAGUCCGGAUGCGCUGCUGCAGCUCCCCGUCGAGAUUAUCCUUGGCAUAGUCAAGCAGCUGGAAUGGCAGCCGAGCGAUAUUGGGAGUUUGCUAUGCAGUUCCAAGACAACCAGAUUCAUCCUCAAGAGCCACGAAGAGCAUCUCUCCCAGCAAUUCACAUCCCACCUCUACACGCCCUCCUCACUCGACCCCAUCCUCGCCUCCACCAUCCCUCCCCAGCCCAUCCUUGACCCCCCCUCCACCGCCGCCUCACAACCCAAGCGCAGGCGCCCGCAGAAAUUCACCCCCCCGCUCCGCUUCCCCUACACCUACCCCUGGACUGCCGAAAUCCACAAACGCAACGCAAUCUUCUGCAUCCUCUCCACCUCCCCCCUCCUCUCCAUCACCCCGCCGCGCCUCCUCUCUCUCUUCGAGACGUCCACUCGGCUAUGCGCCAACUGUCACCAUGGGGGGAUCACAGCGUUUAAAAGCCAUGGUCUGAAUACCCUCCUCAAACUCUCGGAUGCGAGGGUUACUGCACAUACUCCUAUUUCCAGCGACGAGAAGAGCGUGAAUGGCGAUGACCUCGGCAGACGCGGUCAAGAGGCUUGGUUGGCGCAACAAGAUGCGCUUGCUCUUGCGAGCGCCUUGGCCCUCGUCUGGGUUGCAAGCACGGUUUUCGAGUACGGCGAGCGCUCCACCUGGGGCGCGGGCGGGUGUGAGCACAACGGUCACGCCGCCUCCGCGACGUCAGGCGCGCCAGAGAGCAGUGAUAGCAGCCUCGUGGAGCGACAAUGUAUAUACCGCGAGCUGGCUCUGGCUCACGGGCCGUACUUUCUGUGGUGCAGUGUGCGUGGAUCCGAAGCGGAGAGGAAAUGGGUGAAGGAGACCCUGGAUGAAGGUGUGGAGGGGCUGAGGGAGUACGAGAAUGGUGGGAGCGGGGCGGGGAUGAGGAGUCUGCAGAGUGUGGUGUUGAGGCGGUUUGCGGACCUGAAGGGGUGUCAGGUUUGGGAGGGGUGGGAUGAGGUAUUUUCGUGUGUUGGGGAGGAGAUUGUGAGGUGUAGGGCGAGGAAGGGGAGUUGUUAA